CCCUCUGACAAUGGCAGCCCAGCUGGAGCACAGUGCCGAGGUGAUCAAAGCGCUGAAGAAUGGAGGAGCACAUCUGGAUUUCAGGACUCGAGAGGGAAUGACAGCACUUCAUAAGGCCAUCCGAUGCCGGAACCACAUUGCCCUGAUGACACUGUUAGACCUGGGUGCCUCCCCGGAUUACAAAGACAGCCGAGGAUUAACUCCUUUGUACCACAGUGCCAUGGUUGGAGGGGACCCAUACUGCUGCGAGCUUCUGCUUCAUGACUAUGCCAAGGUGGGCUGUGUAGAUGAGAAUGGCUGGCAAGAAAUCCACCAGGCGUGUCGCUAUGGCCAUGUGCAGCACCUGGAGCAUCUUCUCUUCUAUGGAGCCGACAUGACUUCACAGAAUGCCUCAGGAAACACGGCGCUCCAUAUCUGCGCUCUAUAUAAUCAGGUGGCCAUCAUUGCAGGAAAUUUUGAACUGGCUGAAAUCAUCAAAACCCACAAAGAGUCUGACGUUG